AUGCUCGCGCGCUGCCUCGGUCCGCUCGCCGCCGCCCUGCUGCUGGGCCUCCUGCUGUUGGACCUGCCCGCAGGCCACAGCAACACAGAUGCACCGAAGGCGGGAGUGUGCCCCAAGCUCCCGGAGGACCAGAACUGCACCGUGGAGUGCGUCUCAGAUCGCAACUGCACCGACAACCUCAAGUGCUGUCACUAUGGCUGCGCCUCGCUCUGCGUCCUUCCCAACGCCCCCUCCCCUGAGCGGGACAAAGGCAUCGCUGAGGAACAAAGCUCAGGGGCCACCCCAGCUGAAUCCGAGCCCUUCGUGCGUGACGGCUUUCCGGGCGUACACAGCGGGACAUUGUUCCGGGGACGCGGGGCCUGGGCCUGCGGGAAGCUGGGGGCGGGGUCAGAAAAGCCAGGUUUCUGCCCCAACCUGGGUUCAAGCAUAUUACCACUCGGCUUCUGCCAUGACCAGUGCAAUGUGGACAGCGAUUGUUCUGGCCCGGGAAAAUGCUGCGUCAAUGGCUGUGGGAAACUGUCUUGUGCCACACCUACCCCCUGA